AUGAGGAGAGGAUUUUGCCCCAAAACUGACCCAGUUCUGUCAUUUCUGUCCCAGCCUUUCUUCAGGCUGCUGAACCUGCGCAAGCUGGGCCUGAGUGACAAUGAGAUCCAGAGGCUUCCCCCCGAGGUGGCCAACUUCAUGCAGCUGGUGGAGCUGGACAUCUCCCGCAAUGACAUUCCAGAAAUUCCUGAAAGCAUCAAAUUCUGCAAGUCCCUGGAAAUCGCAGACUUCAGUGGGAAUCCUCUCUCCAGGCUUCCUGAGGGCUUCACCCAGCUGAGAAGCCUGGGCCACCUGGCCCUGAACGAUGUGUCCCUGCAGAGCCUCCCCACGGACAUUGGGAAUUUGGCAAACCUGGUGACUUUGGAGCUGCGUGAGAACCUGCUAAAGACUCUCCCCACCUCCCUCUCAUUCCUUGUCAAGCUGGAGCAGCUGGAUCUCGGUGGCAAUGACCUGGAGGUGCUGCCGGACACUCUGGGCGCUCUCCCCAACCUGCGCGAGCUGUGGCUGGACCGGAACCAGCUCUCGGCGCUGCCGCCGGAGCUGGGGAACCUGCGCCGCCUGGUGUGCCUGGACGUGUCAGAGAACAGGCUGGAGCAGCUGCCCGAGGAGCUCAGCGGGCUGGUGGCACUGACAGACCUGCUGCUGUCCCAGAACCUGCUGGAGAGCAUCCCAGAUGGCAUUGGUCAGCUGAAGCAGCUCUCCAUCCUCAAGGUGGACCAGAACCGGCUGACAGACAUGACAGAAUCGAUUGGGGACUGUGAGAACCUGUCUGAGCUCAUCCUGACUGAGAACAUGCUGACAGCCCUGCCCCGGUCCCUGGGCAGGCUGGCCAAGCUGACCAACCUGAACGCGGACCGGAACCGUCUGACGGCGCUGCCGGCCGAGAUCGGGGGCUGCGCCAGCCUCAGCGUCCUGUCCCUGCGCGACAACCGGCUGGCCCUGCUGCCCCCCGAGCUGGCCAACACCAGCGAGCUGCACGUGCUGGACGUGGCUGGCAACAGGCUGCAGAACCUGCCCUUUGCUUUGACAAACCUGAACCUGAAAGCGCUGUGGCUGGCAGAAAACCAGUCCCAGCCCAUGCUGAAGUUCCAGACCGAGGAUGAUGAGAAGACAGGAGAGAAGGUUCUCACCUGCUACCUCCUGCCCCAGCAGCCCUCUCCCAGCCUGGAGAACCUUCUGCAGAACAGCGUGGAUGAGAGCUGGACAGACACCAACCUGAACAGAGUCAGCGUGAUCCAGUUCCUGGAUGAACCCAAGGGAGAUGAUGACGAGGAGUCUGGAGCUGAGAGACGAGGCCUGCAGCGCCGAGCCACCCCUCACCCCAGCGAGCUGAAGGUGAUGAAGAAGGUGAUCGAGGUGCGGCGCAACGAGGUGAACGCUGCCAGGGCUGAUGGCAACCCCGGCUCUCCCAGCUCAGAUGAGAAGAGGCUGAGUGCCACGUCCAACCGCAGCGAGGACUCUCACCUGUCCAGCAGCACGGCCUCUGCCGAGCCCAGGCCCGAGGACAGGGAGCGGAGCUGGCCCAACGGGCAGGGGCCCCAGCUGGGCAGGGAGAGGAAGGCCAGAGAGGAGGAGGAGGAGGAGCGCAAGGAAGCUGCUGAGCAGGAGGAGGAAGAUGUGGAGGUGGAAUACAAUGAGCCCACCGUGCACUUCGCCGAGGACACGCUGAUCCGCAGCGAGGAUGAGGAGGAGGACGAAGAGCGCCCCUUCCCCGUGGAGAAGCAGAGGCUGAUCCGCAAGGACACGCCCCAUUACAAGAAACACUUCAAGAUCACCAAACUGCCCAAGCCAGAGGCAGUGGUGGCCCUUCUGCAGGGGCUGAGCAGCGAUGGGGUCCCCAAAGAGGAAGAGGAGCUGGGAGGCUGCAAUAACAACCCCGAGCCCCGGGAGCAGGAGGAAGAGUGGGAGGAGGAGGAGAGAAAGAACGGAGCUCUGUCUGCUCAGCCAUCCGUGAAGGGGGUGUCGUUUGAUCAAGCCAAUAAUCUGCUGAUUGAACCUGCUCGCAUUGAGGAGGAAGAGUGUGCACUGAUGGACAGAAGGUUCUUCCCCUUCAGGCCAGUUGGAUUUCUGGAAUUCCAGAACUUGGAAUUUUUCUGGCUCUUGCACCAGAGACAGCGGCUGAUGCAGGGGUGGAACAGCCCUGAAUCCCCCAAAAUCCAGGGCCUGGCCCUGAAUCCCCCAAAUCCAGGGGCUGGCAGUGUCCCAUUGUCACUUUGGGGUGCCCUUUUUGGGGGUUUCUCUCCCCCUGGCAUCUUCAUUUCCCGAGUGUCCGAGGAGGGUCCUGCAGCCCGAGCAGGGGUCAGAGUUGGGGACAAACUGCUGGAGGUGAACGGGGUGCCCCUGCACCGCGCCGAGCACCAGGUGGCCGUGGAGGCGCUGCGGGGCUCGGGCAGCUCGGUGUCCAUGACGGUGCUGCGGGAGCGCAUGGUGGAGCCCGAGAACGCCAUCACCGUCACCCCGCUGCGGCCCGGGGACGACUACAGCCCGCGGGAGCGGCGCGGGGGGCUGCGCUUCCCCGGCGGCCCCGAGCCCCCGGCCCCGGGGCGAUUCUCCACCUGCCUGCUGCGCAACGAGAAGGGGCUGGGCUUCAGCAUCGCCGGCGGCAAGGGCUCCACGCCCUACCGGGCCGGGGACACGGGGAUCUUCAUCUCCAGGAUUGCAGAGGGAGGAGCUGCCCACCGGGACGGGAUCCUGCACGUCGGGGACAGAGUCAUCUCAAUCAAUGGGGUAGACAUGACAGAAGCCAGGCAUGACCAGGCCGUAGCGCUGCUUACCGCGGCCUCGCCCACCAUCGUGCUGCUGGUGGAGCGGGAGGGAGCCGCGCCCGGCCCGGGGGAGCCGCCCCCCGCCCGCCUGCACUCGCCCCCGCCCGGGGACAGGGACGGGGACGGGGACAGGGACAGCCAGAGCCCGGCCGAGGAGCCAGCAGCGCCGCCCAGGAGCCCCCCGGGCAUGGGGCUGGAGGAGCAGUACCCCAUCGAGGAAAUUCACCUGGUGAAAGCAGGGGGGCCCCUGGGGCUGAGCAUCGUGGGAGGCAGUGACCAUUCCAGCCAUCCCUUUGGGAUCCAUGAGCCAGGAGUCUUCAUCUCCAAGGUGAUCCCCCGGGGGCUGGCUGCCCGCAGCGGGCUCCGUGUUGGGGACAGGAUCCUGGAGGUGAACGGCACUGACCUGCGCCAGGCCACGCACCAGGAGGCUGUGAGCGCCCUGCUGAGCCACGGGCAGGAGCUGAGCGUGCUGCUGAGGAGGGACCCUGCUCCUCCUGGCAUGCAGGAAAUCUGCAUUGAAAAGGCUCCAGGAGAGAAGCUGGGCAUCAGCAUCAGGGGUGGAGCCAAGGGCCAUGCUGGCAAUCCCUUUGAUCCCACUGAUGAGGGCAUCUUCAUCUCCAAGGUGAGCUCCUCGGGGGCGGCGGCGCGGGACGGGCGGCUGCAGGUGGGGAUGCGGAUCCUGGAGGUGAACCACCAGAGCCUGCUGGGCAUGACGCACACGGAGGCCGUGCAGGUGCUGCGGGGCGUGGGCGACGCGCUGCUGGUGCAGGUGUGCGACGGCUUCGACCCCCGGGCGGCGGCUGCCGUGGAGGUGUCCCCAGGGAUCAUUGCCAACCCCUUUGCUGCUGGCAUGGGGCGCAAGAACAGCCUGGAGAGCAUCUCCUCCAUCGACCGGGAGCUGAGCCCCGAGGAGCUGGAGCUGCUGCAGAAGGAGAUGGAAAUGGUGAGAGAAGCCACUCAGUGGGAGAGAGAAGAAAUGCAGAAAGUGGAGAGGCUGUGUAGGGAGCGGGCGGCGGCCGCGCAGCAGCUGGAGGAGGAGGCAGAGAGCGUCCCCACUGAGCCCCUGCGCCUGGACUACCGGACCCUGGCAGCGCUGCCCAGCAGUGGGCUGCAGAGAGGCAACCGAGCUCCCGCUGAUCGCCCCCAGCCCCGCCGCUCCAUGGAGGGUCUCUGCCCCGUGCUGUCCCCCCCGGUGUCCCCGGAGCCCCCCGCGCCCCCCGAGGGGUGUCCCCCGUGCCCGGAGGAGCCGCCCGAGCCCUUGAUCGACUCGCAGCCCAUCCCCUUCAGCCAGAACCCCUUCGUGCUGGCCAACCGCCGGGGCCGGGCGGGCCUGGGGGGGCCGCCCCUGGGCUACGGCCGGGGGGGCGUGCUGCGGACCAGCCUGCACUGCAAGGCUCCCGUGGGCGAGUGUGGGGCAGGAAAUGCCCGGCGUGAAUCCCCCUAUUCUCCCAGCACCCCACAGGUGCCCGCAGCCCCCCGGGCCCCUCACCUGGCCGGCAGGGAGACUCGCUUUGCUGCCAUUAACUUCAUCAGCUCUCAGGAUGACAGUAAAUCAACCAAGCCUGGUGUGAUCCAGCCCCUGUCCCGCCUGCGAGCGAGUGCAGCGUGUCCCAGGGCAGAGCAGGGGGACAACAGCCCCAACCCCUUCCAGCAGGGCAACAACAGCCCCAACCCAUUCCAGCAGGGCAACAACCCCAACCCAUUCCAGCAGCACGAGCCCGGCCUCAGGAUCCACAGCUCUCCGAAGCCUCGGCCACCGUCACCGCCCUCCCCGGACGAGGUGCCCGUCAACGUCAAACAGGCCUACAAGACCUUCGCAGCAGUGCCCCAGUGCCAGCCCCUGCUGGGCACACAGGAAUCGUCUGGGCAGAGCAGCACAGNGUCACUGCUCUGUCCCCUGCAGGUCGCCCUCAGCCCCAGCACCCAGCACAGCCCUGAGCAGAGGUCCUUCCGUGAGAGGCAGAAGUAUUUCGAGGUGGAGGUGAAGCAGCAGCACCUGGACAAACCUCCCAAGCGCGUGUCCCUGGUGGGGGAGGAUGACCUGAAGAAGAUGAAGGAGGAGGAAGCCCGAAAGCUGCAGCAGCAGCGAGCCCUGCUGCUGGAGGAGGAGGCUGAGGAGGAGGAGGAGGAGGUGAGGAAGGUGCCCGAGGCUCUGCAGUCCAGCAUCAUCAUCGAGGGCGUGGAGUACAAGGUGGAGAGGCUGAAUGGAAGGAGCAGCCAGGCUGCAGCAGCUCGGUCCCUGGAGCUCAGUGAGAACAGCAGCUCGCAGAGGAAUUCCCUGGAGGACGGGAUCAAGUCUGAGCACAGAACCAACUCCAUGUCAGGGCUCGACCCCGGCCCGGCCCCGGUGCGCACGGCCAAGGCUGAGCGGCGGCAGCAGGAGCGGCUGCGCGUGCAGAGCCCCGAGCUGCUGCCCCAGGACAGGGACAGGGACAAGGAGCUGUCCCCAGCCGAGCGCCGGGCCCUGGAGGCGGAGAAACGAGCCAUGUGGAGGGCAGCACGAUCCUCAGCUCUUGAAGACAGUGUUAAACAGUACGAGCAGGAUCUGGCCAGGAAGCUGUACCAGUCCCGGCAGCGGGCUCCUGCUCCCGGGGCCAGGGCUAGUCCGGUGCAGAGCCACGCCUCCAGAGUGCCAGCAGGGUCAGGAGGCCAAUCCAGGAUGAAGUCACUGGAGCAGGACGCUCUCAAGGCCCAGAUGGUCAUUGCCAAGUCCAAGGAGGGGAAGAAGCGCAGCACGCUGGAGCAGCUGGCAGAGUCACCCUCACCUGCGCCCACGCCGUCCCCAACACCGCUGGAAGAUUGCAGCCCCAGGAACGUCACUUCCCCAGGAAGGCUGUCACUGUCUGAAAAGAAGUUUGACUACCGGGAAUUUGCUGCUAUUCCUUCCUCCAAACCUGUUUACGAAAUCCAGUCCCCUGAUGCAGCUGAUGACCUCAGAUUCGUGGCUGACAGGAGCAGCUCAGCUCCCUGGGAGCAGGACGGGCAACCCGAGCAGGAGCAGGAGGAGGCCCUGGGAGGCCGGGACUCAACAGCAGCAGCAGCAGCAGCUCCCCCAGCCCUGGAGGACGUGGCCCUGUUCAGCAGCAAGCGCAAGCUCCGGCACGGCCGGCGCAGCCUGGAGACCGCUGUCCCCACAUAGGUGACACCUGGCACGGCGCCGGCCUGGCACAGCCCUGCUGUGCUCGGGGACAUCCCCAGGCUGCCCCUGCCUGAAGACUGCAUGGGUCUGGGCUGCCCCUGGCCCUGUGGCCAAGUGACUCCUCCGAGGCUGUGAACCGCCCUCGUGUCUCACCCGACAGUGCACUGGGGCACAUCCCAAUACUGGGACAACACUGGACUGAUGCUGGCAGAUGGAGAGGAAGGGUGGCCAGGACAGUGGGCAGCUUGUUAGCCUGUAAAUAUUGUGUGUGGGGAGGGUAGGACAGGGAGAAUGUAGGAGUGUGAGAGUGUGUUGGGCUCCAGCUGUUACUGCCUCAGCUUGGGUUUUUUAGUGGUUAAAAGGAGCUUCUCCUCUGGUGGGAUCAGGAGGAAGGCCCAGCCUGCCUUUACUCCUAUUUAAUUUCCAGUCUUUUGCCGAAAAGCAUCUUCUCCCACCUCCUGCACUGUGUCACCUCACUUCCCUUUGGGAGUGUUUGGGAAUGGGAAGCUUGGAGGCAAAAAGAAGGAAAAGAAAAAAAAAACCCUCCAGAAUUUCAGCCAAGUGCCUCCCUCUGCCACUGGCACUCUGUGCUCCAGGAACCCAGAGGCAGCUCUGCCUGCUGUCCUGGGGAGAGGUCCCUCCCCCUGGUCACACGGUGUGAGCACUCCACGAGCACACAGAGGGGGAGUCUGUCCCCUGCAGCACCGGGGCAGCAAUGGGAUGGAGCCCAGAGCCGCAGCAGGGGUGUGGGGGGUGUGGCAGCAGUGGGGAGCAGGACACUGGCAGAGGUGGGAGGUGUGACAGCAGGUACCUUAGUGGGUAGAGUUCAGGAUUGGGGGUGGGUGGAAUGUGGCGUUGCUGGGGUCAGGUUGGGAGUUCCAGGAUCAGCGGGAGACACUGCUGGGGAGUGCUCAGUGGUAGGUGGAGAGGGAAGCACGGGUGCUGCUGUGGGCUGGCAGCACCAGGAGCACCAGAGCACCAGGAGCAGGAUGGGGCUGGCCUGUGCCUUGCAAUAACUACACAGUUCCACUUUGCCAGCUCGUUGGCUUUGGGCCCCUUUCCACGGAGGACACGGAAAAUGCACGUUUGCCCAUGCAAGAGG